AUGAUCGGCUUCGAGCUUAAAAAGGGACGACUGCAAUUCGACGAUGGAGCGACGACGACGUUUGAGUAUCCUUCGGAGAAGAGUUUGGCCGAAGAGAUUCGCAUUGAGAAGUUGGCGCAAACAUCGAGAAACGCGCCAAUUUCGUCGAUGAACGGAGAUGCGGAUGAGGAAGGGAAUAGUCACAGUGUUGCCAUGGUGAACAAUGAUGCUGGUCAGCUUUCGUCACUUCCGGACAAGAAUACAGGACCGACAGAAAACCGGCCACUCAGUCCCGGAAUGCAUCAGCUUGUGCCGGUGGGACGACUGCAAUUCGACGAUGGAGCAACGACGACGUUUGAGUAUCCUUCGGAGAAGAGUUUGGCCGAAGAGAUUCGCAUCGAGAAGUUGGCGCAAACAUCGCGAAACGUGCCAAUUUCAUCGAUGAACGGAGAUGCGGAUGAGGAAGGGAAUAGUCACAGUGUUGCCAUGGCGAACAAUGAUGCUGGUCAGCUUUCGUCAGAAGGCCUGUUCUUAUGUCCUGGCUGUCUUUUGGCCGUGGGUCUCGGAAACUAUACACCCAGCAGCAUGGGAACGAAAUUCGAGCUUGGAGUGACCAGAGCCGGCAGCAUGACGGGACAGCAGUUUUCAUCAACAUCAGGAAAAUCUGGAGGAAAAAGCCCGCCAAAAGAUGAAAUUCCGGAAUCGGAUUUCGUGAUUGAGUCGGAAGUGGGAGAAAAGUUUACCGAAGCCGGGAUCACAGCGGAUCUUUUAUUCUAGACGAUUCGAUUUUUGAUUCGGAAACAUUUUUUUUUGUUCGUUUGCUUCUUUAUUGUGUGAUUAUAUCGUCGCGCGCACUGCACUUCAGUGAGUGAAGUUGAUGAUGACUGAGGCUUCCAUGCAAGCGCGAUCGCCGCAUAUGGGAUAUUUGAUGUGCCACAAAGAGCUUCCGGAGGGUUUUUUUUUUCUUGUAAUUUUUUGUUUCUUUCUUGGAGAAGUGCAUUAUCUGGGAAACUUUUGUGUGGUGUUCUACUCGCAUUUCUCUCUUUUUUUGUUAUUAAAUCUGCUUCUAUUAUAGCCUCGUCGCACCGAGUCAGCGUUCAAAUCUGAAAGGAAUUUAGCUCAUCGACCUGACGGAGCCAACGUUUCAUC